CAAGCAGGGACCGCCUGCUGCACUUUGGGUUCAAGGCGACAAUGUUCUCAAAUAGCGAUGAAGCUGUAAUCAACAAAAAACUUCCCAAAGAACUCCUAUUACGGAUAUUUUCUUUUCUGGAUGUCGUUACUUUGUGUCGCUGUGCUCAGGUCUCCAGGGCCUGGAAUGUACUGGCUCUAGAUGGCAGUAACUGGCAGCGAAUUGACCUCUUUGAUUUCCAGAGGGAUAUUGAGGGCCGGGUAGUAGAGAAUAUUUCAAAACGAUGUGGGGGUUUUUUACGAAAGUUAAGUCUUCGUGGGUGUCUUGGAGUAGGAGACAAUGCAUUAAGGACAUUUGCACAGAACUGUAGGAACAUUGAAGUGCUGAACCUAAAUGGGUGUACAAAGACUACAGACGCUACAUGUACUAGCCUUAGCAAGUUCUGUUGCAAACUCAGGCACCUUGACUUGACUUCCUGUACAUCAAUAACAAACAUGUCUCUAAAGGCACUGAGCGAGGGAUGUCCAUUGUUGGAGCAGUUGAACAUUUCCUGGUGUGACCAAGUAACCAAGGAUGGCAUUCAAGCACUAGUGAGAGGCUGUGUGGGUCUCAAGGCCUUAUUUUUAAAAGGCUGCACACAGCUAGAAGAUGAAGCUCUCAAGUACAUAGGUGCACACUGUCCUGAACUGGUGACUUUGAACUUGCAGACUUGCUUACAAAUCACAGAUGAAGGUCUCAUUACUAUAUGCAGAGGGUGCCAUAAGUUACAGUCCCUCUGUGCCUCUGGCUGUUGCAACAUCACAGAUGCCAUCCUGAAUGCUCUAGGUCAGAACUGCCCACGGCUUAGAAUAUUAGAAGUGGCACGAUGUUCUCAAUUAACAGAUGUGGGCUUUACCACUCUGGCCAGAAAUUGUCAUGAGCUUGAAAAGAUGGACCUAGAAGAAUGUGUUCAGAUAACAGAUAGCACAUUAAUCCAACUUUCCAUACACUGUCCUCGACUUCAAGUAUUGAGUCUGUCUCACUGUGAGCUGAUCACAGACGAUGGAAUUCGUCACCUGGGGAAUGGGGCCUGUGCCCAUGAUCAGCUGGAGGUGAUUGAGCUGGACAACUGCCCACUAAUCACAGAUGCAUCCCUGGAGCACUUGAAGAGCUGUCACAGCCUUGAGCGGAUAGAACUCUAUGACUGCCAGCAGAUCACACGGGCUGGAAUCAAGAGACUCAGGACCCAUUUACCCAAUAUUAAAGUCCACGCCUACUUCGCACCUGUCACUCCACCCCCAUCAGUAGGGGGCAGCAGACAGCGCUUCUGCAGAUGCUGCAUCAUCCUAUGACAAUGAAGGUGGUCAACCUUGGUGAACUGAGUAUUUAAUGACACUUCUAGAGUUACCAUGGAGUCUCUCCGGUGGAAGCGACCCCUGUGUUCUGGGCAAGGGUUACAAAGUGAGGGCAGUGUCCAGAUCCCCAGAGCCACACAUAUGUAUGCAUACACACCCUCACCCCCAUCCACUUUAGCUCUAUGACCAUAGGACUGAAGUUCGUGCUGGCUUUAUCAGGUGGGUCGGUAAAACUUAACCGUUCCUGUUGGAUUUGCCCAGAAGAAAAUCAAAGGCUGCAGUAGAGGGAGGGCCAUUCCAGCAAACCCAGUGUUACUGCUACUGUGGUUUCUUUAACUUGUUAAGGGGUUUCUUUGGGGAUUUUGGACCAGCAACUGCAGUUCUCCAGGGUCAAGGAAAGCAUGGAAAAACAACAUAUGCUAUAUCCUAGGGACCAGAAAGAAAGUUUCUUUGCAUCAUAGAAAUGGUAGCCAUCUAUUGUGAGAAGACUGCAGAGCUUCUGUGCUUCCAUGUGUCCAUGCCAACAUGCUGAGCAUGCUCACAAAGAAGGCUCUCCCAUUUCUCCUGUGUUUUAGUACUUGGCACAGAGGUUUCCUAAAUGGUUGCAUCGAAAUUGCUGUGGUCUGAGUGUGAUUUGUUCGCUGAAGUUGUCACUGUCUGUAGCACACUUGCGUACCUGUCUUCAUUCUUUGUUGCUCUCUUCCACAUUCUUACUCAGUCUGGCACCUCUUCAUAGUCUGCUUACUCACUCACUUGUUACUCUUUUGCUGUUGUGUUUACAGUUUGCAUUUUGGAUGAUUAGUUGGGGUUACCAAACAUUUUUAAAAGAGACAUUAUCAAUAAAUAUUUUUUUAAUUCUAAAUUUUACCAUUAGGGGACCCUGCUGGAAUCUUUGCCUGUCUGAAAGGAAACUAACAAAAGCAAGAAAUGUUAUAAGAAGAAAUUAAGCUAAAACUAUUUUGAUGAAAACAAACUUGGCCUUUGGUU